UCCUGGCACGGAGCAUCGGCUCCGGCCACCUGUAGGGACGGUGUCGCGGCCGGGAGGAGAGGAGAGGCGCCGCAUCAGCGGGGAGGGGGCCGGGGUGUGCGUGAGAUCGGCGGUGGUGUAACGUGUGUCUGUGGGCGUGACGGGCCCGGGUUGUGGCACGGGGAUCGUGUGCGAUCGUGAGGCCCGGACUAGUGGGUGAUGCUGUUUUCGUGACUGAGUUAGCUCUGGCCUCUGUGAAUUCUGGUUCUCCAGGCAAGUAAACCCCAAGGAGGACUGACCAGUUCUUGAAUUUCUAAGCCAUGGCCCAUGGAUCAGUGAUAUUCAGUGACGUGUCCAUAGCCUUCUCUCAGGAGGAGUGGGAAUACUUGGACUUAGAACAGAGGGACUUGUACAGAGACGUGAUGUUGGAGAACUACAGCAACUUGGUCUCAUUAGGAUGCUUCAUUUCUAAACCAAAUGUGAUUUCCUUAUUGGAGCAAGGUAAAGAGCCCUGGAAAGUCGUGAGGAAAGAAAGACGAUAUCCAGAUAUGGCGAUCAGGUAUGAGACCAAAAAGUUAUCUUCAGAAAAUGACAUUUAUAAAAUUAACUUAUCCCAGUGGAAGAUAAUGGAAGGAAUUAACAACCAUGGCCUUAAGGACCUCAUUUUAAAAAAUGAUUGGGAGUCCAAUCGAAAAUUUGAAGGACAAGAGGGAUAUUUUGGUCAAGUGAAAAUUACAUCUCAGAAAGCGCCCUCAUACCAGAAACGCACAUCUCUUACUCCACAUCCUAGAAUUCAUUUUGUCGAGAAACCCUACGAAUGUAAGGAAUGUGGGAAGGCCUUUAGAGUACGCCAACAACUUACUUUCCAUCACAGAAUUCAUACUGGUGAAAAGCCCUAUGAAUGUAAGGAAUGUGGCAUGGCCUUUAGACAGACUGCCCACCUUACUCGACAUCAGAGACUUCAUUCUGUUGACAAACUGUAUGAAUGUAAAGAAUGUGGAGAAUCUUUCAUAUGUGGCCCAGACCUUAGAGUACAUCAGAAAAUUCAUAUUGGUGAGAAGCCCUAUGAGUGUAAGGAAUGUGGAAAGGCCUUCAGAGUACGUGGACAGCUUACUCUCCAUCAGAGGAUUCAUACUGGUGAGAAACCCUAUGUAUGUACAGAAUGUGGAAAGGCCUUUAGACAGUAUGCACACCUCACUCGACAUCAGAAGCUUAACAUUGCCGAGAAACUCUAUGAGUGUAAAGAAUGUGGGAAGGCCUUUUUGUGUGGCUAUGGCCUUAGGGUACAUCACAAACUUCAUACUGGUGAGAAACCUUAUCAGUGUAAAGAAUGUGGGAAGGCCUUUAGAGUGCGACAACAACUAACACUCCACCAGAGAAUUCAUACUGGUGAGAAACCCUAUGAAUGUAAGGAAUGUGGGAAGACCUUUAGUCGUGGUUAUCAUCUUAUUCUUCAUCACAGAAUUCAUACUGGUGAGAAACCUUACGAAUGUAAAGAAUGUUGGAAGGCAUUUAGUCGUUACUCUCAACUUAUUUCACAUCAGAGCAUUCAUAUCGGUGUUAAACCCUACGACUGUAAGGAAUGUGGGAAGGCCUUUAGACUGCUCUCACAGCUUACACAACAUCAGAGUAUUCAUGUUGGCGAGAAACCCUAUAAAUGUAAGGAAUGUGGGAAGGCCUUUAGAUUGCGCCAAAAACUUACUUUACAUCAGAGCAUUCAUACUGGUGAAAAACCCUUCGAAUGUAAGGAAUGUAGGAAGGCCUUUCGACUUAAUUCAUCUCUUAUUCAGCAUCUGAGAAUUCAUUCUGGCGAGAAACCCUAUGAAUGCAAGGAAUGUAAGAAGGCCUUUAGACAACAUUCACACCUUACCCAUCAUCUGAAAAUUCAUAAUGUAAAAAUAUAAGGAAGGCUUUUCAGUCCUGUGUUGUAGAACACUCUAUGAGUGUAAUAAUCCCUUUUGCUUCAUACAUGGGGGAAUUUAAUGUAUUUUACCAUCAUUCAAACCUAAUGAACUUCACAUUCAUUCUAAAAACGAAUCUUACUAAUAUAACAAAUGUGGGAAAGACACUUGCCUCGAUCUCAUUACUUUCCUACAUGUGUUAUAUUGAACAAGAUGGUUAACUGCUCUGUGCUAUAAUUUAUUCAUUUGUAAAAUGGUAAUACUGUGGCAGAAUAAAAAUUGACACAUUCAUUGAUCCACCUCCCCAUCAAAGGGUGGAAUCUACAUCCUUUCCCCUUGACUUUGACUUUGACUAGUAGAAUAUAGUAAAAGUACUGUUGUGCCAGUUUCUGAACCCAGGCUUUACUGGUUGAUUUUACUUCAUCUCUUGGGAUACUCUCUCUGUUUUUAGAAUUUCAUUGGAAAUUACUUUAGUUACCCUGUUCAGACCCUACACUGUUCUGUUAAAAAGUCUGGCUACUCUGCCCCAGGGACACUUGGAGAGGCUCAAGGACAAUAUAGAAAGGGAGAGGUACCCUGCUGAGCCCAGUCUUCUAGAAAUGCCCACCAAGACACCAGACAUUUGAGUGAAAUAGUUUUGGAUCCUCUAGAACAGCCACCAGCAGAUUGCUAUACAGAACAGAAGAAUCGACCAACUGAGCACCUGCCUAAAUUCUUGACCCAGAAAACCAUGAGAUGUAAUAAAAUGGUUGUUUUAAGCCACUGAAUUCUAUUAUUUAUAUUACUCUUGAAAAUUCAUAUAAAAGACUACGGGCACAGUGAAUAUAGAAAAGCCCUCCACCAACACUCAUCUCGACUGAAAUUCAGAUAACCAAGUCUUGUUAAAAUAGUGAAAGUGAGAAAUGCUUUUUCAAUUUGUUCAUUAAAAAGCAGAUACUCUGCAAUCUACAUUCUGUGGCCUCAGUCUAAAUUUAAUUUAAAAUUAACAAAGGGUAACAUAAAAAAAAAGCUAUUUGGAAACUUAAAAUCACCUGUAUUAUAAUUCCUGCACUAAUUUUUUUUUUAAAUCCAUCGUAGUUUUUUGUUUUUUUUUAAAACGUUCAAAUUGUCCUAUCUUUGGCCAGUGAGUAUUCCCUCAAACGGACUUAUAUGUCCUUUUGUCAGGACCCACUAUAACUUUUGAUAGCUUUUAUUUUUCUGACCAAUUGGUCAUCUGCAGAGCAUAUUAAAGACAUUUAUUAAUAAAAGGGGAAAAUGGAGCACUUGUCUUGCCUUUCCUUUAUGAACUUUAAGACAACCAAAAGCUGGUGAAGGAAGUUCUUUUUUACUAGAGAAGUCUAGCUAAUAAAAGUGAAAAGAAUGAUAGAAUUUGAAAAAUCACCCUUUUAUUUAUGAAAUAAUGGAUCUUGGUGGUGAUAUCAAUGGAUGCAAAGACCAUUAGGUAAAAAAUUGAUAGAAAGCUUUCAGUAGAUGGAACAGAAUGACAACCCACUAAUCUGUUUUCACAUCUGUAAAUUAGAUCAACCAGGCUAUGUGCUUCUUGAUAUGAUACAGUGGAUGUAAACAGCACCACCUGUGAAGUAUUUCUGCCUAAAAUAUUGACUCAGAAGUAUAAUUUAGUCUCUAAAUGUAAUUACCGGUUUACAGGAAACUUGGGAAAAAAUAAAUGAUAUAAAGAAGCAAACAAAUCCAGAACGUGGGAAAUUCCACAAAAUUAGUGGCCUAGUUUCUUAACCAAUGUCUGUCAAGACUAAAAACAGAAUCUAACAAGAGACUUAAGAGACAUACCAAUUAAAUACAGUGUGUGGAAUGUGCUGGGACCCUUUUGUAAAAACGUAUCCAGGAUUUGUUUUAAUCAGGUAUGGUAAGAUAGGCAGACAAAAAUGGUUGUCAUACAGAAGUUUAUGCUCAGAUCAGUAGAAAUAGACACUGCAUGCCACUCAGGUCCACAUAGGGAAGCCUCCAGUUCUGUUGGGAGGCAAAAAAUAGGUUACAGCAGAGCAUGCUCAGAGCCUUUACUGAAGUUUUCCUGUGAAGGAAUGGGCAACACUGAGUAGGUACACUGGACAAGGGUUGGAUAGGCUGAAUAAUUUUGGUAGACUCUGAGCUAUAGGGGUGGUCCCUAGUUGCCUGGUACCUGGCCUUGGAGUGAUUUAGGGCAGGGGGAAUAUUAGCUCGGUGUGUGAGAGUUUGAUAAAGGAGAUGAUUUGGGAUAUGGGAUUUGGAUUGGUAUGUAUAACAAAGGCAUGAUUGCAGUGGAGUCCUUUGUUGUCUCUAGGAAUUUGCUAGCUCUGGGAGGGGUAGUCUCUCCAGGGUCAAGUCCCUAAAUGUCAGAGCAUCGAGAAUACAGAAAAGAAAAUAUAAUCAAUAGAAUCCUGAUUUGGACAAAUAAAUUUUUAAAAAUUUAGAUUAUUGUAAAAGUGUAAACCUAUAGAGUGGGUAUUAUACUAAGCAAUUAUUCAUUUUCUUAGGCAUGAUGAUGACAUGAGGGGUGUGUGUGUGUGUGUGUGUGUAGGUCCUUAUGCACAAGAGAUUCAUAGUGAAGUAUUCAAGGGUAAGAUUAUAUGAUGUCUAUGGUUUGCUUUCUACAAGUUCAGAGAAACAAAAGGUGGGAGGGAUAGAUGAAACAAAAUUGACAACAUUACUAAGUGUUGAAGCUGGAUACAUAGGGUUCAUUGUUCUAUUUCGCCUUUGCGUAUAUAUGAAAAUUUCCAUAAUAAAGUUUUUAAAAUAGAAAAUCAUAUCUGAAAUUUUAGACUCUUACUGGUAAAUGAUAAUGUGAUGCCUACAAAUAAAAAUUUGUGGGAAAUCACCAAAACUUUCAUUGGUAGAAAACUAAUUACCUUAAUGCGUUCAGAUAACCUGGAUUGAGCAACUAGUGUUUGUCUUGUUUACCAUGCAGUCCCCAUUCCUACAGUGCCUGUCAUGUAACACUUGAUAAAAGUGUUAAAAAAUAUAAUAAGCAUUGGCUUAAGCCAGAAAAUAAUUUAAAAAAACCAGCUAAGAUAGGUAGCAGAAGGUAAUCCAUAUGGUAAAAGUAGAAAUUAAUGGAAUAGCUAAGAGUAGAUGUUCUCUGAAAAGACCAUUAAUAUAGAAUUGGCACUAAUUAUUGAGGAAAAAGAUGACUCAGUUAUAACUUUAUAUAUGGGAAAGGUGAAAUAGAUACCUAUAUUAAGAAGAUUUAAAAAUUCUUAAGUUAUAUAUAUUAAUAUAUUAUUUGUAUUUCAAUAUUUAUAAAAAUAUAAAGAAUGAAUUGUCUAGAGAAACCCAGAUUAUCAAAGUUGACUCAAGAAACAAUAAAAAACCUGAACGGAUCUAUAAACAAAGGAAAAAAUAUAAAUAUAGUUACAAUCUUGUUUUUUCAAAACUAGAAUUAAUAGUUUUGCAGGCAACCAGAAGUUUUAAAGAAUUGAUAACCUCUAAUAAAAUUUCGCAGGUCAUUCUAUAAUGCAGUAUCCCAGGAUAACCCCUAAACAGUAAAGUCUGGACCAGUAUCACUUAAGAUACAUACAAACAUUCCAAAUAAAGUUCAGUAAAUUGAAUUCGGUAGUAUGUUAAAACAAUUAUAAAACGAAAUGAUCUACCAGGAAUAUCCAGGGGACUGACCUGUUGUGAUUUAAUUAGGUAUCCAGAUUUUAGGUUUUCUAAGGAGCAAUGUAACAAUGUUGGAAGAAGUGACAUGAUCCAACCCCAAUAUCUGUUAGAUUCUCUUAUUUUUGCUUAUUUUCAUCAGCUUCACAAAAAGAAUGAACAAUAGAUAUGAAAAGUAAGCAUUCAACACUUAGGAACCUUUCACAAAAUAAAAAUGAGUAUUGUCGCACAUUUUGAACCAGACUUUUGUAAUGUUUGCAGCCAUACAUUAAGACUUGAUACCUGCAAGUCCAUUUUGCUCAGAAUGGGCAGAUUGGGGAGAUGUCAUUGCAUAAACAUUUACCAUCUAGAAUAGUACAUAUUUCCCACUCAUGAUUUCAAAUUGUUUUUUUAAAUUUGUAAACAGUACAUACAAUGUUUACACAAAAAUGUAAUACUGAAAAAGUAUGAUAAUUGCUGUAAUAAUAUUAAUUUUUGCUAAUAGGUCAAUGUGUUUUGCCUCCAUGGUUACAUUUUAUGUUAAUAGAGGUCUUCUGGAGACAGUACAUUAACUCGAAAUUUCUGAAAGUAUGUUCCACAGAGCAGUAGUACUUAAAGGUACUUGAAGAAUGAUUUUGUGGUCAAACAAGCAUGAGAACUCUGUGUACUAUAUUUCUUGGGGGGGAAAAUUCACAUUAAGUGCCUAUCAAAACACUAUGAAAGAAUGUUUCAUUUUCUCUAACCCAAUGUAUAUCAGACUUUUCUAUAGAACUCCUAUUCCCAAUACUUAUUGCAGAUGUGAUUCCACUUUGGUAGAUGUUGCCAUACCAUAAAUGGUGGCUUCAAGGAUGGAAAUGUCAGGGUUAUGGCAAGUAUAUAUAUGGUUGUCUGUAUGGCAAGAAAAGCAGCUCAUCAUGCUAUCCAACUGGCCAAUUUCUUUAAAAAAAAAUUUAAUGGUGCUUUUCAAUAGACUAGAAAACCUCUAGCCCUAUUUCAAUAACUCUAUUGUAUGUAUAUAGGCCUUUUAUUGGUAAUUUUUACAUUAUAUACAACUCAUUGAAAAAUAUCUUAUGGAAUAUCUGUGUGUUUCUUGUAAUACAUAGGCAAGUGUUUCUCUGAGGUAUUUAUCAAAAAGGGGGAUUGCUCAGUCACAGGUAAUAUUCACUUUCGACCUCACUAGAUAUUCCUGGAGAAGUGGAGAACAUCAUUGUGUUGCCAAUUUACAACCCCUUCAGCCAGCGAAAUAUUUCAUUAUAUCCCCACUUCUAGCAUGUAUUUUGAUAUAUGCCUGGUUAAUAGUUGAGCAUCUUUUCACAUCUGUUUAUUGCUAAACACUGAUUUGCCAAUUCAUGUCUUUUGCCUAUAUUCCUAUUUUAAAGAACAUUCACAUAAGAAUUGUGGGAUCCUUUCUAGUAUUAAUGAUGACCUUACCUUCUCCCAGAUUAUGGCUUAUAUUUGUAUUAAUGGUGAUAUUGUCACAUUAAAAUUUUAAAUAUGGA